AUGUAUGUAGCGGGAAGCCCAUAUUUGGCUGCCGGGAGCACAAGUUCGGGAAAAACGAGAGCUGAGCAUGAGCCUCUCAGUAGUGGCUGGGGUCUCGCUCAAACCCUCUUGGUUCUCGGGGCCAAGUUCUUUGUGGAGCUUGCCGUUGGCUACAGUGGCGCAUAUUUCAUCAUCGUGUCAGGGGGUACCUCAGAUGUCGUCUUGAACUGCCUCGCAGCCGAAUUCAUCAGCGACAUUGACGAGAACAUCUACAAGCAUUUUUCCAGCUCAUUUGCGAAGAGUCUUGUCGAAAGUGCUCCCAGGAUGCCCCCAGGAGAUGCGGACUGUGGUGUUCUUUUCUCAAAGGUGACAGCCGGAGUGAAGUGGAGUUUUUUUUUGUCUGCAUUCUAUAUAACCCACAAAGCAUAUUAUUGGCUGCCAUACUGCCACGAAGAAGACAACUAG